GACAGACAGACAGACGGACAAUCGAGUAGUGACAGUAGUGUUUUGUGACCCGGAAGAACGUUUCUUGCAAGUCAGGCAAUUGUUAUAAUUUUUGUUAUUUUUUGUGUUUAAAGUAAAGAAACGUUUCUUGUAAUAGUUCUCGUUUUGCCCUGUGGAUCAUUUCUUGAAAGGCAAUGGCCCCUUCAGUAGGUGAGUACUAUGCAGGCAAAAAUGUGCUGAUCACCGGGGCUACUGGAUUCGUUGGAAAGAUCCUGGUGGAAAAGCUGCUGCGCUCCUGCCCAGAGCUGAACACUAUCUACCUUCUGCUGCGCCAGAAGAAGGGAGUGUCCAGCGAGGAUCGGCUGCGGGAGCUCAUCGGCAAUAAGCUCUUCAAUCCCCUGCGAGCCAAGCAGCCUGACGUGUUCAACAAACUACGGCUAGUGGCCGGAGAUAUCCUGGAAGAUGAGUUAGGACUCAGCAAUGAUGACAGACAGGAGCUGCAGAGACGCUGUCAUGUGGUGUUCCACAGUGCUGCUUGUGUGCGUUUUGACCAGAAACUUAAAGAUGCUGUAAACUUGAACACAACCGGGACAUUACGUGUCUUGAAACUUGCUGAAAAGAUGGAGAAUUUAGAGGUGUUAGUCCACAUCUCGACCGCCUACUGCCGUUGCGAGCUUGACGUACUGGAAGAAAAGUUAUAUCCCGCCGUCCAUAAGCCCGCCUGGAUCAUGGACAUAGUGGACUGGAUGGAGGACAGCAUGCUGGACUAUUUAGAACCCAAACUGAUCGCCCCCGAACCUAACACGUACGCAUACACCAAAGCCAUAACGGAAGACAUGGUGGCAGAAUACGGCAAGAAGUUCCCCGUCGCCAUUGCGAGGCCUUCUAUUGUGGUGGCAGCACUGAAGGAGCCGAUCCCCGGCUGGGUGGACAACUUAAAUGGGCCCACGGGCUUAAUCAUUGGCAGUGGGAAAGGCGUUAUUCGCACGAUGCACUGCGAGCCUUCCUACCUCGCUGACGCUAUGCCGGUUGAUGUGGUCGUCAACGCAUGCAUCCUUCUAGCUUUCGCUACUGCCAUUGAAAGGCCACAGGAGGCCAAGUUUUUCAACGUCACGAUGUCCGGUGCGCUGCGCUGUACGUGGGGGGAGAUGAUAAGGCUAGGGGAGUAUUGGGUGAAUAUGUUCCCUCCAACCAUGGCGCUCUGGUACCCGGGGGGUUCCAUCAAGUCCUACUGGCUCUGGCACCAGUUCUGCCUGGUCACCACACAGCUGGUACCGGCUUAUCUCAUCGAUGUACUGCUGUUUCUACUGGGGAAGAAGACUUUUAUGGUGAAAGUCCAGGAGCGAAUCGGUCACGGUCUGGACGUGCUCCAAUACUACACGACCAAGGAAUGGCAUUUCAAGAAUACUAACUUCAUCGCUCUGCGUUCUAAGGUGUCAGAGGCCGACAACGAAACGUUCUUCACCGACGUGAGCAAGGUCGACGUGAACGACUACCUGAAGAACUAUAUGAUCGGAGCCAGGGAGUACUGCUGCAAGGAGGACCCCAGCAACCUGGAGCGGGCCAGGAGACUGCAUAACAUACGGUACUACGUAGACCGCGUGACUCGCUGCAUAUUGAUCUUCCUCCUCUGCUGGUUCCUCUACAGCUACGCGCAUGUGUUCACCGCGGCCAUCGGAUACCUCGACGUUUCGUUGAAGAAUAUAUCUCCGUAUUAAUACCUAGUUUGUAGCUUCUUUAGAGAUAGGAAAAAUAUGUACAUUGGUGUUACGCUCACAUUACCUGUAAAUUUGGGACAUUAUCUAUGAAAAGGGACCUUAUUGUCGAUGGCGCUUACGCCCCACCAUAGAGAAAUAUAGUAAGACAAGAGUGCUCACUCCAUACAUCAGUAUUGGUACCAAAAAUAUUAGUAUUUUCAUAGUCGACAUCUAGCAUCGAGUAGCGGAAUUAUCAGUACUGCUACUGCGACAAUAGAUGUAGCGGCGACCGAAAAGUCUAAUGCUCAACAAUUUUCAGUUAAUAUUAUAAACGGAUUAACCGGAACUCUUUUUUCAACUCCUUCUGCUUCUAAUAUUAGUUGUAAAUUGUUGUUCAAUACAAUUUUCGUGGGUGAGACAUCUAGUAUCGAGUAGCGGUAAUUCCGCUACUCGAUGCUAGAUGUCGACUAUGAAAAUACUAAUAUUCUUGGUACCAAAACUGAUGUAUGGAGUGAGCACUCUUGUCUUACUAUAUUUCUCUAUGGCCCCACAGCGUCUCGCGCAAUUGUAUUUAAAACGGAGCAUCAGGACAAUAAGGUGCCUUUUCAUAGAUAACGUCACAUUUAGUCAACACCUCGUCCACAUGGGACUUUACUCACAAUUUUAUUGAUCCAAUCCGAAUUGUGACCGAUCAAAUGCCAAUAGGAUAGAUUUAAUUAACUCUAAUAAUUGUAUAUGGUUGUAUUGUGAUGUAAAUAAAUGUUGUAAUGGAUAA